GGCCGCGGCGUGUGGGAGGGCGAGCGCGCGGCGCUGUUUUUAGUAGUACCGCAAAGAGCGCGGCGAGAGUGCGCGCGAGGGGAGCGGGGCUGAGGCGAGCCGAGCCGAGUCACGCCGCGGCGAGAAGCCAGGCUGGCCAUGGCUGUCUCCGCGCCGCCCGUUAUCGCCGCGACUUCCAGCGGCGGCGCGGGGGGCUCGGCGGGCUUGUUCCGGGCGGACCCGCUGUACUCCAGCCCCGCGGAGUCCCCGCGCCUCACCAACAGCCUCGUCAACAGUUUCCUCUCCGCCGGCAGCGGCGGGGCCGGCGCGGGCGGCGGCGGCGGGGGCGGCGGCAACGAGUGUAAGAUGGUCGACCUGCACGGGGUGAAGGUAGCCUCGUUCCUCGUGGAGGGGCAGGAGCUGAUCUGCCUGCCGCAGGUCUUUGAUCUCUUCCUCAAGCACCUGGUAGGAGGGCUGCAUACGGUCUACACCAAGCUGAAGCGGCUGGAUAUAUCGCCCGUGGUGUGCACGGUGGAGCAGGUCCGCAUCCUGCGGGGGCUAGGGGCCAUCCAGCCUGGCGUCAAUCGCUGCAAGCUCAUCACCAGGAAGGACUUCGAAACUUUGUACAACGACUGCACCAACGCGAGCUCCCGGCCAGGAAGACCCCCCAAGCGUUCACUAGGAGUUGCGAUACAAGAAAAUGCACGUCUUCUGCCCCAUGGAGUUCCAGGCCUCUUAUCACCAGGACUUAUCUCUCCGACAGGUCUGACAGCGGCUGCCAUGGCAGAGGCUAUGAAGUUACAGAAAAUGAAACUUAUGGCAAUGAAUAGCCUUCAUGGAAGUGGAAGUCAAAAUGGAACAGAAUCAGAAAAUGAAGAGCUCAACUCUAAUGCAGGUGGGAGUGAAUCCUCCUGGGAUAAAGACAAGCUUCAGUCUCCCAUUACAACGGGAUCACAGCACAGCAUUGGUCACCCCACACUGUCAGGGCAGUCGAGCCUUGGAAGCGCGCACCCCCUCAGUCCUCUCCAGCAGAAUCACCUGCUCACCAACAGGAUAGACCUGCCAUUUAUGAUGAUGCCUCACCCUCUGCUCCCUGUCAGCCUACCUCCUGCCUCAGUCGCGAUGGCUAUGAACCAGAUGAACCACCUCAAUACGAUAGCGAACAUGGCUGCAGCUGCCCAGAUGCACAGUCCUCUGUCCAGGGCAGGGGCCUCUGUUAUAAAGGAAAGGAUUCAAGAUAGCCCUUCUCCAGCACCAUCUUUAGAAGACAGCCAGCGGCCUGGAAGCCAUGCUUCUUCCCAUCAGAGCAGCAGUGUGUCCAGUUCCCCGUCCCAGUUGGACAACACACCAGACAGAAUUGCUGUGCUGACCAACAGCAGGGAAGGAGAACUCAUUGAUCAAGAAACUGGAACCAGCCUAAAAAAGAUGCAAAAGGAGAAAGAAGAGGUCCAGAUUGCCAUUCCAAUAAUGAAACCAACCAUAGAUAAAGUCCAACUGGCUGGACAGGCCUUGCCUCCUGGAUUUCCGGCACCAUUUCUUUUUGCUGAUGGUCUUUCAUCAGUAGAAACAUUAUUAACCAACAUUCAGGGCCUACUGAAAGUGGCUGUGGACAAUGCGAGAGUCCAGGAAAAGCAGAUACAGCAGGAAAAGAAAGAGUUAAAGAUGGAGCUUUGUAGAGAGAGAGAACUAAGAGAGAGCUUGGAAAGGCAACUCACAGCUGAGCUGCAAAGCAGAGCAACAAUUCAGAAACGCUUGAAGAAAGAAAAAAAGGCAAAGAGAAAAUUGCAGGAAGCUUUGGAAUUUGAAUCAAAGAGAAGAGAACAAGUGGAACAGGCGCUUAAACAGGCCACAUCAGGUGACGGUCUCAGGAUGUUAAAUGAUGCUGGAAUCCCAGAUAUGGAAAUAGAACACAACGGAACCCAACAUGACAGUGCAGCAAUGCAAGAAAACAGAACAUACAUCAAACCUACUAUUAUGUACUGAAGGAAACACCUAUUGCUGAAAAAUGUAUAAUGAUCACUAUUUGAAGACUAUAUAGUUCAUGAAAAACGUCCCUUCCAACCUUUGAUGCCUUCAGUACUUUGUGGAGAACAGGAUUUGUAGCAUGAAACUUGAAGGACAAUUUCAAGCAAUUUACUGUUGCUGCAUCGAAAACUGCCGUAUUGUCAUUAAGAAAUAUUGAGACUUUUUACAAGCUUACCAUACCAAACCAAGCCUGUUGCAACAGAUCAUUUUUAGGUCCCUGGAGAUAGAAAGGAGUUUUAGUAUUUUUAAGCACAUACAGGAAUUACUCCCCCUCCCCCUCCC